GACUUUCUUUAGUCAUUAAGUCUGCCUUUUAGUGUUGAAUGUUAAGAUAGUUGAAAUUAUAGUUUUCGUAAUUUUUUAUGGAAUUUGUGAUGUUUAAGAUUCAUUUUAUGACCUUGUUAAACUUUUAUACAAGUUGAAAAAAUCUGGAGCGAUGGAGUCGCCUCCUUCUUUCUCCACGCACUCCGAAGUGCCUCCGUUGAGCGAAGACAGUGGUCUGUUUAUUACAAGUGGCUCAUUUUCUAGUGAUUCCGCGAGUGGAUGGCAUCAUAUUGCAUCCGAGUAAUAGUAGCUGAGUCUUUUAGACAUCAAAAUAUUAAGACGGCUGUCUUUCGCUCUAUAAGGCCGGUAUGCCAUAGCGGAGAUUAUUAAAAUGGCUGUAAAUAUAUCGGAAGCUUUCGUCAUUCAGUUGCAAGAGAGCGACUUCGACGAGCGGUCGCUAUCAAUGUGCGAGACGGAGGCAUCGGAACGCAUGUGCGGUGACUUUUUCAACACCGUGAAAAAGGGUCCUGGGAAAGUUAUCGUCACUGCAAUAGAACCACCACCUGAAUUUCAGGAUGAUCCAAUACAAAUUAGUGAAGAUUGUGGGUCCACCUCGGGCGGGUCACCAAGUAAUUGUAUGGCUGUGCGAGUGCCUCCAUCCGUCGUUUUUAGGAACGAUGUUAGUAAAACAAAAUCAUCGAGCUUAGAAAUUGCAAUGACUUCUAGGAAUGUAUCACCAUUGUAUCCGAGAAAAUUGAAACCCGAGUCAUUAUAUGAGCGGCGUCAAUGUCUUAACCAUAGGUUUGCGAGUCCGAGACUCCUACAUCUCAGCCCGUGUCGUUUGAACAGGCCGUCUUCUAGAAACUCUCUGUCCUCUCGACUCUCUAGCAGUCACAACUCUUUAAUUACUCAGUUCCAAGCGGACGACUCCAGCUUUAUAACUCAAGCUAUAUCACAUGAUACUCUCUCUGCUAAGACCUCAGACAUAACUGACAUGUACAAUGUACCAUUCGACAGCGACAUAUACGCUGUGCCCAUUGACAUGGUCCGACCUAGUCACAGUAAUGUGAGGGGGAAAAGCAAGAAGGCGAGGAAUAAUAGGAGACGUGGAAGGAGUUCUCAGAGCAUAGGAACAAGCAACGUUCCCGAGACACGAUAUAAGUCUAAGGAGACAAGACAUAAAGACACUAGAUCCAAGAGACACAGUUUGCCGAGUUCAUCUUGCAAGAAAAAUGUCACCGACUCGGACACGGACUCGUUGCAUCUCACGCUACGAGAGAUGAGGAAGUACCUGCACACCCUGUACUCCAGUUCCAGUGAUUCAGACUGCCGUGGCACCAUCACUAAGAAAGGCAGCACUAUAAUAACGAACAUGAGACAACACACCAGCAAAGAGACCAAUACUCCCGCCUUCGUUAAGGAAAACAAUGAAAUACACGCACGCGUGGAAACAAACAACAAUCACAAGAAAACUAAUAAGAACACGGUAGCUAUGAACGUUAAGAAUAAGAAACACAAAGAGGCCGUGAAAGAGGUAACCGAUGAUAAAGAGAAGACGAAGAAGACUCAAGGGAAGAAGUCGUCGGUUAAGAUGUUAUCCAUGAACCUGAAGCAGAGCUUCUGUAACUUGUUCCGAUGGCGGCGCUCCAGUGAGAGCGAGGGUGAGUCUGUUGAGCGAGGCAGAGAGUCCCCACCGCCGGCCGUGCGCCGCGCCUUGCCACCUCUGCCGCAGUCACCUCAUGCAUCCAACACCAACCCACGCCGCCCUGGCCACGAUGAAGACACCAUCCUCGACUUCGCGACCUCUAUACAGAGAGUCAAAGAUUACGGCUGGUACUGGGGCCCUAUAUCCGUGGAGUCGGCUGAGAAGAUCCUGUCCAAUGAGCCGGACGGGUCUUUCAUUGUGCGGGACAGCAGCGACGAUCAUUACAUCUUCACGCUCACCUUCAAGCUGAACGGCAUGAGGCACGUCAGAAUAGAACACGAUCAGGGUAACUUCUGUUUCGGAGGUUGUACGAUGUUCAAGGCGCAGACUAUAGUGGAAUUCAUCGAGAACGCUGUCGAAACGUCUCGGAGCGGCCGCUACUUAUUCUUCUUGAACUUGAGGCCAGUCCUUGGUCCGGUGAGGGUCCAGCUGCUAUAUCCUGUAUCAAGAUUCAAGAGGGUGCAGAGCUUGCAGCAUAUGUGCAGGUUCGUCAUACUAAAGCACGUGCGUCGCGAUCUGAUCAGCAGCCUGCCGCUGCCGAGGCGUCUCCUAGACUACCUGAGCGCCACCCACUACUAUUCAGAGCUUUUGGCGGAGAUAUAAGGACCCUCGCUGGAAGCCUGACAUUUUAUAAUUAGACACGGGUCUCCAUGAGUUUAUCACUAUUUAUUGAUUCUGAUGUCGUAUGUGUAUUUUUCUAUUAGCUUAAAAAUAUUCAUACGUUCUAUCAAGUCACCACUGUGAGUUGUUUCUAUGUGACUCGGACAAAUGGUAAGUGAUAUAGGAGUUUAUUAAGAUUCUUUCUGCUUUCACUAAAUUCGUCCAGUAUAUUAAUUUUCUUUAAUGACAAUUUAGAGCCUAUAAGUAACGUAGGUGGUAAUGUAAUUUGAUGAAACAGUUAGUUCGCAUAAUUAUAGUUUACAGAACUACAGACGAGUCGCGUAAUGUAAUAUCGUGUCCCUGUUAAAUAAUUUCUAGCAUCAAUUGAAGCACUUAAAUAAGCUACGUGGCAUUAUAAAAUAUCACAAUUUUAAACUCGCGCACAACAUUUUAACAUAUUUUACAUUCUCUACCUCCAUAUAUGAAAUACAGAUAGCUCAUUCGGCGAUUGGAUGAUUGCUUACUUUGAGUUUGUCUGUGCACGAGUCUUUUUACUUAUAACAUACCAGGCUGUGGAACUAAGCAGUAUUAUAAUGUAAUCAAUGUGAGUCUUGACUCGACGCACCUUAAAGUGUAAAGUGUUUUAUUGCUAUUAUUCAAUUAGACGUAACUUAUACAUGUAUGAAUAUUUAAAAACGCUCUUUUUUAGUUUUUCAAUCGCUCAAUGCAUCUUUAUAAUGUAUAUAUAUCUUUAAUAGAAUGUCGGACUCAUUCGUAAAUGUAACAAUCAUGUGUUUAUUUUUGUCGUCAUUACGUUUCUAUUCAUUUGAGUUUUCAUGCGUUCAUACUAGGAUAGCUGUUGAUUUUUUAAUAUGGGUAUAAUGAAGUAUUCUGUUGUUGUAUGACAGAACACUUUCCUGGUUGUGUCGUUUACAUAUAUAUAUAUAUAUAUAUAUAUAUAUAUAUAUAUAUAUAUAUAUAUAUAUAUAUAUAUAUAUGUAAAUAUAUAUGAUUUGAUUGACGAAUACAAGACAUUCUACUAUACCGCGUGUAAAGGAAGUUUUUCUUUUAGUACAUUUGUAUAAUAUUCCUAAUAUAACGCCUUUUAAGUAAAAUUCUGUAUAUAAUUUGUAAAUGUGUUUUUAGAUUUUAAUAAUAAUAUUAUUUUUUUUCGUCUAUUCUUAGCCUCAUUACGUUUUGUAUAUUAUUAAUGCUUAUAGUAACUUAUUAUUUCAAAUAAGCCAAAGAUAAUUGUAUAUUACUGAAUUGAAUAUUAUUUAAUGAAAAUAAUUAUUUAUUAAUGGGAAUCUAAAAUUAUUUAGGAAUAUGCGUUUUCAGUCCGAUACCAAUUAAUUUUGCGCUAAUUUUAAUGAAAAAUUCUAUAUAUAUAAUUAAUGUUUUGUAGAAAAAUUAAUAUUGAUUAAAUUAUAUGUUUCAAAUAGAGAUCGGCUGAUAACAAAAAACGCAUCAUUAAAAUUAUAGUAUUUUUUUUACAUUACUAUUAGAAUUAACGAUUGAAGCGACGUGGUUGGAAAAAAAUAUUUAUUUUUUUUUAUAUAUUGAGCAAGUAAAUAUAACUUGUGACAAUGUUACAGUCGAAUAACAGCAAAGUGGUACCAAAUUCAGUUUUUUUUUUAUCAAUAAUGUGUCAUUCGGUGGUCUGUUGGUAUUUAACAACAGCUGAUUCGGAUGUAAUUAAUUGUAAUUAGUUUAUCAAAAUGACCGAAUAAUGUUUACCUAUAGCUGUGAAUGUCCGAAUAGAAUCGAAUGAAAAAAGUUAGCCCGUACCGAAAGCAGGUUCUAAAAAUGAAUUUACGAUCAAAUAGCUCAGAGAGGAACAGUUUGGUCAUCAGUUCGUGUAAAGUGAACUCACCCAACCAACAAAUUUCAGUCGGACGAAGCCAGUUUUUUUUUUUCAUAAAUCUUGCAUCGACGAUUAUCAUUUAUUGAUUUAAAUGUUUCUAGAAUGACCCAUAAAAUUAUAUUCUUGUAGGUUCAUAGCAACACCGGAACUUCAUUUAAUUACGAGAUAUGAAUGACUUGUAAUAUUACAUACAUACUGGUCAUACGAUUCAUUGAAUAGACUUCAGUUAUGUCAAUAUUCGUUCGGUUAGUCUCCUGACUGACAAUCUGCCUUUGAAGCGAACAGGAUGUCUACAUAUAUGAUAUAGAACUAAUACGCUGUAAUAACUGAAGCAUAUUUAAUAUUUUCUACAAUAUUAUGUAUUAUUAACAUAAUAUUAUUUUAACAUUAAAAUUACGUUUCGUUUAAUCAACUCAUUUGUUAUACAAAAAUUUUUUUUGGUGUAUUUGGUUUGUAUUUAACAUUAAUGGCUGGCGGGGAGUUACGUUUGUUCAAUACAUUCUGUAUAACUACUAUGUAGAGCUAGAUGUCAUUCAGGAAAUUGGCGGGACGGUGCCUUUUAGUACAGGGCUUGCUUGUUGAUUAAAUGACUAAUUGAGACACGCGUGUGCUAAAUAUUAUACUAUAACAUAGAAUAUCCUCUGAUGUAUCGUUUUGAGUGACAUGGAAAAUGAUAUGAUGUGUUCGUCACGUGUUAAUAUUACAUAAAUAACAUAUCAUUAAGUGUUUAAAGCGCGGGAGUGUUUGACGUGGUGUGACGUUAUAAUGUUAAAAAUAAUUAGUACAAGUGAAGUUCAUGUUCAGUCAAUACGCAUGUGGAUAGAUGUCGAUUGUUUAAGCUUUAUUAUUAUCAGUAAAGAUGAUACACGUCACAGAUGACAUCGGAAUUGAUGACGCUAUACAGUCGUUUAAUAGGUGAUCGUUUUCGCUGAAAUUAAAAAAAAAACUGUUAUGCACAUGAGUACAAAUAGGAUUCUUGCCAAAGUAGCCUAACUAUUGUGAAAAAGUAGAUAGUUUCUGCCGCUUUUGUAUGUUUACGAUUGUGAAGUGUGUAGUUUUGAAGCAAUAAAACUUUUCCAAGUGUAUUGUUAACGUGAAGUCACAUUUUCGCUGUAGUUUAAGCGUUGAUCCUUUGUAAAUCUGCAGAAGUAUAAUUAUUGUUUAUUAUAUUUUAUUUUCCAUUAAAAACUAUGUGCCAAUUUUAUCGGAUAUCUUUAAAGUUUUAUUAUUUUUCGAUGGUUGUCAAUUUUAGUGCGAAAAUUCGCUUUAAAUACUCUGAAUUGUAUGUAAGGACGUAAUAAUUUAUAAAUACUAUUGCAGAUCGAUAUUUUUCGCCAUCUUUUGUCAAUCAUACAAUUGUAUGUGUAAUGUGGUAUUAACUGUAACGUUUUAUCGGUGUAACUUGAUGUAUUUCGUUGUAGAGGAUUACGAGUUCUUUUAGAAUUAAAGUAGCGUUAUUCAGGCUUGCAAACGAAGUUUGAAGUCUGUAUUAAUCCAUUUAAGAAUAUUGUUUACUAGCAACAUUAUAACCGCUAUAAACUAGUUAUCAUGUUUACGAUUAUCGCAUGUGUGUUGAUUCCGCUGUGGUAUAUGAUAAAAUAUUACAACGUUUAAAAUUAUUAUACUGUAAUGGAUAAUUCAGUAGUGGGUACGUUAGUUAAUACAAGUUAGAAAAAACCAAGCUUACUAUGAAUAUGCUUUCAACUUAUUAAACUACAUGUAAUAAGAAUUUUAGCAGAUUAAAAAUUUACUUCCAUCCUAUACUUUGAAAAAAUUAUAAAAGGGAUAUUUUUUUUUUUUUUAAUGAAGUCAAUUUUAGUUUUGCUUUAAUAUAUUUAUAUUAUGAACACUUUGAUUAUUCUAUGUCAAUUAACUUAAUAUGUAUGGGCAUUAUUUAAGCUAUUUGAAAUGUAUUUUUCUUAUAAAGAUACACUAGGUCCCGGCUGCUGCGAACUCUGUCCUAUAUUUCUGUUAGGUCACAUGAAUAACUGAAUCUUGAUAAUUUUUAUGUAUUUUCGAAAAACUUCUGUUCCGAUUGAAAUAAUUAAAAAUUGUUUUGCAUGAAUACGAUUGUUUUAUGUCAUUAUGUUUUAUUGAUUAUAUAACAUUGUAAGGGAUCAUCUUAAUGUUAACGGGGUCACAGUCUAUGUGUAAUAAAAAUUAUAAAUCACGUCUAAAACUUAUUAACCCUUCCGAAAUCAUAUUUUUUUUUGUAUAAUAAAAUGUUAUAUAUCGUCUUGUAAUUAUUUUACCUUUGUAUAAUAAUGUUUUAAAUAUAAAAACAGAAGUGUGCAUCAUUUGUAGUGUAAGUGUGUAGGGACAGUUUGAGUCCUCGCGUAAAUCGUUUUUAUUAUGAUGUGUCUUAAUAAAUUUUCCAAUAAUAUGGAUUCAUGAAAAACAUGAUUCUCUAUAUAUAGGAUUCGUUAUAAUCAAUUCUAAAUUUAUUCUAUUUACUAAAAAAAAAUAACAAAUAAAAUAGUAUCCAACGCCUUAUAAUUAUAAGUACAUAUAGAAAAUCGUAUAAAAUAAACAAUUUUAUAUAUUUUAUGCUAGGAUUUUAUAAAUAUAUCUGAACAACGUGAAAAUUAACAUAAUACAUAGCAUGACACCGAGACUAUGUAAGCCAAAUAAAAAGGUGUAAAAAGUUUUGUAUUGUUCAGAGAAAUUGGAAUAUUCAGCGAUCUAUUUUCGAGCAUUAAAUCAAGGCACGUAGUUCCUGAACGCUGUAUGCUAGUAUGCAGAACUUUACAAACUACGGCCUGUAUGAAAUCAUGCCUCGCGAUCUGUUUCUAAAUAGCAGCUUAUGUUAACAAUACAUAGGUAUUGCUUGAUUUAAUGCGUUUCGUUUGAGCUCUUACAGUAAAGUAUUCUGGACGGUUCAGAUGAAUCAAAGUAUAUAUACGCCAUCCAGUUUCUAUAUGUUAGUUUCUAACAAAAAAUCAACGAAAGUAUGGUCAGUUUAAGAUAGAGGCGUAAGAUGUAAAUUAUAUAUUCUCGUGUCAUAUGAAAUAAAAUCAGAUUAACACGACGUUCCUUGAAAAAAUUUAGUCGCUUCAUUAAGUUUUAGACGAUUCUACCUUCUACGAGGACAGUCUAGCAAUUCUAAUUUUCUAUCCCGCGAUGAUAAAUCUGUCAAUAACCUGUCUAUCAUCCCAUCCCUGAUAAACAAGCGAGUAACAUUUUGAUAGAUAGAACAACAAUUAAUUCUGCAAAAUCGAUCAAAAUUAUAAACAUCAAUAUAAUCUUACAUACAAAAUGUUUUAUAAUAAUCCAAACCCAGUAGAAAUUUUGUUGAACGUAGUAAAUGUACUCUCUACAAUAUUCACUUACAAGGAGGUUGAUACAAUUUACUGAUAUUAGAUUUCGUCGUAAAUAAUGCAAUAAAAAAAUAACAACUGUAAAGUUUCACUUUAAAUAUCUAAAAAUAUGUUCGUUAGCAUUGAAAAUUAUACUGACCUCAUAAAUAAUGAAACCUAGUAUAUAAACUGGCCAGCUCAAAUCGAACGGAAGAUGUUAUGCAAGCUUGCUUGUUAAGUGUUGUUAUUGUGCAAAGGAAAGGUAUAUUUAAUUCUGUUCAUAUGAAGAAACAGUGAAAUAUUGAAUGUUACAAUGUAUUAGAUUUAACAUUGUUAUAAAAUAACUAUCAAUAUUUUUAUAGUAGAAAUAUAAUAAUCGACAUUCUAAAACAUUUAUGCCUUUCAUAGUGUGUACUUACUUCUAUACCGCUUAUCUAUAAGAUGAUUUACUUACUCCACUUAAAGGAAACGGACUUUUAUGACUCACUUUGUACUUAAAGAAAUGAUAAUUGCGUUGUGAUGCACGCCUGUAAAGAUUUUAGUAGAUGCACGUCUUGUAUACAUUAAAAAGAUUUCCUAGAGAACUCGAUAAUCCUCAUACAAACGGUUACUUUUAAAUAAAUCUAACACAUAUUCAAGUGCUUUGAGUGGAAAUCCAGUAGAACUCAUUCGGAUAUGGUUUUAUGAGAAACCUAGGACAUUUCUUUUUUCAUAACAAUGAUUUGAGACGAUUUUGAUUUCGCACAAUAUUAAAUUAAUUCAUAUACAUACAUAUAUUAUUUUAUAAUAAUCAGCAAACUGCAUACUUGUGUAUCUUUUGUGUAGUUGAUGAGUUUGAAUAUUUAUCAUUUUUAAGGUAUUUUUAUUGUAUGUAAAUUAGAUAAUGUAUCUCUGUAAAAGUACAACAUUGUAAAAAAAAUAUUCGUUUAUUGUGUGAGUAGAUAUCACAAGCUGAAUUAUAAAUCGAUAUUCAUGUAAGUGCUUGAUGCAUUUGUAAACGACAGUUUGUGAAGAGCGUCAUGACUCUGUUCCAGGUAAACAAACUCUAUGUAGAAAAUAGAUGAUUUUUUUUUAUGCAAAAGCGUGUAUAAAGAAAUCGUAAUAUAUGGUAUACAUUGUUUUUACUAUGUAGAUCGUAUUAAUGAGGGAGUUAAUACAAUACGGAGCCUUACAGUUAAUGUUAAUAUAAAUUCUAUUUUCAUGACGUUUAUCUACACGGGUGAGAUGUGAUGCUCGCAUUGUUAAUUGUAAAUUAAAUGAGUCCCAGGAUUUGUUUGAUGUAUUUUGGCAAUAAACUUGUGACUGUUCUUUAUGUUAUGUUAGAAGAUUCCAUUGUACAUUGUGAGGUGAACUUUAUUUUAUUGUAUGAAGUUAGUAGUUCAAUAUUUAUUUACUAAAGUUAAAUUUUCGAUCUGUUACUGUAUAAUUAAAGUUACUGCCUAAAGCACUUUCUUAAUCCUUGACGUAAGAUAGUUCAUUCUGUUUUAUAAAAAUUGUAAUCAAAAAUAAAUAAAUUCCAUGAUAAUA